UACUUUUUGUUUGCAGUAUAUUUGUUCCCAUGAGCGCCCUAAUAUGGCCGGAUAUCUUGCAAAUUAUUUUAUCCACAAACACAUCUCGACCACGUCAAUUGCAGGUUUUGACUGAAUAUUUUGUUGAUCAAGAAAGAUAUUUCUAUUAUUUGCUACUACAUAUAAAUGCAGCUGCUUGUAUAGGGCUUACUUCAGCGGUAGCAACAGGAACAAUGCUCAUCGCAUAUUUCCAAUAUAUGUGCGCUAUGUUUACAAUUGCUAGUUAUCGUAUCCAGAACGCAAUAAAGAUUCAAAUAUCGCAAGAUAUUAUCGUGCAGAACAAAAAUUUGGCUCAUAAUCGCAUAAAAAGUGCCGUAGAUAUUCAUCGAAAAGCCAUGGAGUUGUGCAUAUAUCUAAUAUCUAAAUUUGAGAUAUCAUUCUUCUUUUUAAUAAUAUUCGGAGUGAUGACUUUAAGCCUGAAUAUAUUUCGAGUAAGUUUUGUUUUUCAAUUAUAA